AGAUAAGUUUACCAAUUAGGUAAAUAGCAAAUUACUAAGAUCGUUGUUAACUUUAGGUUCUAAUUGGUUUGUUUUUGUGUAACGUAAAUUCAACUAUGUGUUAUUCAAAUUCCUGUUUGUAUUAAAACAAUGUUAGCGAUCAGAAGAAGUGAAAAUAUCAAAGUCAUCGUUUUUGUAGGUAUUCUUAUGCAAAGUAUGAUCUCAGCCGAUAAUGAGAAAUAUGCUGCUACAAUAGAAACAGUGUCGACAGAAACACAAUCGAACACAAUUAUCAAUUCCUUAGCAGAAAUUAGAACAGAGGCAAUAACAACUAUAUCAACAGAAACGGGAUAUGAAUCCACAACAACAAAAGCUCCAGCAUCAUUAGAGUCCAAUACAACCGAGUCACGAACUCAAACGGAUUCUCAAUCUGGAGCAAUCUCAGAAUCUACCGAAAGGGUAAACUCUUCUGACGAGAUAGAUUCCGAGCCUGAUCUAACUUCAGAAUCCUUUUCAAACCAGUCAGGUACGAAAUCUUCAGAAAGAGUAGACUCGAUCCCUUCAACAUCUUCGGGAUUAUUAGCAAUUUCAAAUGACAGAUCCGAGACAACUGCAAAGUCUAUAGCAUCAGAAAAUUCAGAAUCUGAAAUUAUUACAGAUACUUCUGCAGUAGACGAUACUGAAUCUAAUUCUUCUUCAGAAUCCUCUACAAAUGAGGAAUAUGAUCCAGCAAUAUCAAAUGCUGGAUCCGAAACAACUACACAAUCUCCAGGAGUAACAAUCCCAAAGUUCCAACCUUCCACAGAAUCUUCUAAAGCGUUAGAUGCUGAUUCUAAUACAUAUUCAGAUGAUUCUUCGAUUACAGAAUCCCAAUCUGAGUCAAAUGCAGAAUCUGGAUCAGAAACUAAUGAAAACUUUCUAGCAAUAUCAAAUGCAGGAUCUGAAAUUAAUACAAUAUCUUCAGCAAUAAUAAACCAAGAAUUUCAAAUCAUUACAGAAACUUCUAAGACAGAGUAUGCUGAAUCUUCUGUAACGGAUAAUAAUGAACCAGAUUCAUCUCCAAAAUUACCCCAAAAUGAAGAGUCUGAAUUCAAAUCAAGUGAAGAAUCUUCGGAUGACGCAAACUCGACGUCUGGAACAUUUUCGGAGCUACCCAGAAUAUCAAAUGAUGGAUCCUACACUAUUAAACAAUCUCCAGAAGUAGUAAUCUCCAAGUUGCAAGCUAGUUCAGAAAUUCCUACAGCUAUAGAUGUUAUAGAUUCCGAAUAUACUUCGAAUUCAGAACGACCAGAUACUGGAAAUUUCCUAGUGAUAUCAAAUGCUGGAUCCGAAACUACUCCUAAAUCCUCAAUAAUCACAAACCAAGGGUCUCAAACUAUCACAGAAACGGAGAAUGCUAAAUCUGAUUUAUCUUUAGAAGCAUCAUCAAAUCCAGAUUCUGAAUUGGAAGCUAGUGCAGAAUCUCUGCCAAAAUCAGACUCGACAUCUGAGACUUCUUCGGGAUCCCCAAUAAUAUCAGAUGAUGGUUUCAAAACAACUACACAAUCUCCAGUAUUAGCUAAUACAGAAUCUUCUUUAGCGAUACAUGAUGAUUCUAAUAUAGACAUUGCAGAAACAGAUUCUGAAUCCGAACGAAAUUCAGAAGCUACCGCAAGAUCAAUUGGAAAUUUCCCAGCAAUAUCAUCAAAUGCUGGAUCCUCAACAACUUUACAAUCUUCGGAAACAGCAAACAUGGAAACUGUUACCGAUCCGUCUGCCAUGGAAAAUUCUGAAUUUGAAAUAACUUUUCCAGCAGAAGAGGACUCGACAUCAGGAAAUUCUUUGAAACUUCCAGAGAUAUCAAAUACCGCAUCCGAAAUGACUAGUCAACCUCCUGCAUUAGCAAGCUUACAAUUUCAAACCAAUUCAGGAGAAACUGGAAAUUCAGAAUCUGAAUCAAAUUCUGAAUCUCCGAUAGGAACAACUGUACGUUUUCAAUUUUCUUUGAAUACUGGUUCCGAAACUAAUACAAAAUCUGCAGAAACAGUAAACCUGGAAUCUCAAACCAUCACAGUGACUUCCGCAGCGGGUAGGUCUGAAUCCGAUGAAGCUCCUCCAUCAGAAGCAGUCUCUGCAUCCGUAAAUCCUGUUGAAUUUUUAGCAAUAUCAAACGCGGUAUUCGAAAUUACUACACAACCUCCAACAUUAGCAAGCAUAAAGUUUGAAACAAAUUCAGAAAGUGGGGAGUCUGAACUAAAUUCAGAAUCUCUAACAGGAGAUACUGAAUAUCUUCCAGCGAUAUCAAAUGAUUCUGCAACAGAAAGUGGGUCGGAUAUUAAGAUAAGUACAGAUUAUCCUGCAACACCAAAAACUGCAAUAUAUCCAACAGAGUCCAAUUUUGGAACAAAAUAUAAUUUAUACUUCAGCUCCGAACUGGCAUCGUACCAAGGCGCACAAUCAGCAUGUGAGGAAAUGAAUAUGCAAUUGGUUACCAUUGAAGAUAAAGAGAAGAAUGACGAAAUACAAAAAUAUCUUCAGCAAAUAGGCGAUACCACAAAAACUUUUUUAUCGGGAGCAGUAAGAAGAGGAUUAGACGGAAGAAAAGCUGCAAAUGAGCCGUUCCGUUGGGAGAAUUUACAUAGACUCACAUUUAGAAACUUCAUAGAAGGCACGCCUAGAAACUAUCCAGAUAUUGAAAGGACGGUGAUUGCCGUUACGAACGAUGGAAAAGAAUUGAAAUGGUUAGAUGUUAAACCUACAGAUAAUUACUAUUACAUAUGCGAAACACCUUCUUCUUCAGAUGUUCCUGCUCCUCUUGAACCAGAAAAUCCGUACAAUUUCCAUUUUAGUGACUUCAUUGUGGAUUCCUAUAAAGCUGCAGCUUCCGAAUGUGCUAAAUUAGGAAUGUCAUUGGUUACAAUAUCCAAUGAAGUAAAAAAUUAUGCGCUGGCAAAAAUACUAGAGGCAAAUGAUGAUAGUACUCGGUAUCUGCAAAUGUCUUUCGUGAAGAAUAACGUUCUAGUGUGGCCGAACUGUGAUCGAGUACAGUGGACAAACCCAAGUACAGAUUGCUCCACGAAAUCAACAGAUCUUUGUGAAUCCAUACAUUUUGACUAUGCCACUCAAAAUGCAGGUUGGUGUAGGGAUGACUGCUCGAAACGUAGAUUUCUCCUAUGCGAAAAAAUAACCAAAUCAGAAUUGAGCCAAAAUGGAGCAAAACAGUGUAAGGUUAAAAAAGGUCAUGGAACAGCAAGUAUAUAGACAAAAUCUGGUAGUGGAGGUUGUAAAAAACGAUGCAAGAUAGCGUGGUAGCUUAUAAAAUAAGUAAAAUUGGUAGUUCAUGUAAUAUAUUGAUGAGAAUAAUUAAUAAAUGGUAUAAAUGAUUUAUUA